AAAAUCAUCUUUUUAAAAAUAUCGAUUAAUUUGUUAUUUCGAAAGUAGUACUUUUGCAAAAAUAUUUAGGUUGAUAAAUUUACUACAUAAACAAACAUAUACAAUAAAAGGAUUAAGUAGUUUAUAUUUGGAUAUUUAUAAAUCAAAUAGCUAAUGAACAACCAUUCUUCAGCCCAAAGUGCAAUAAGUUCGCAUACCAAAUAUAGCGCGAAGAGUUAGAUAUCAAAUAUCACUAAUUAAAAUCCAGCUAGUGGGUAAAGUGCAUAUGGAUAGAAAACCAAACAAUAAAUUGCACAAGAAGUAGAGCUAGCAGAAGAUGAUAUAAUGAAGAGAUAUAUGGAAUAGCAAGAAAAACAUAAACAACUAAUGAUAUAGAAUUAAAAACGUAGAAAAGAUUAAGAAAAGAAAUUAAAAGAAGAAAUGGAGAAAAAAAAGAAGCAGGAAGAGCAAGAGCUACUUAAGAGAAAAGAAACAAAAUAGCAAGCUUAUGUUAAAUUCUUGAGAUCUAAUGCCACUAAAGUUGCAGAUAAUUUAAAGUAAAAUAAAAGUAACACAAAUGAAAAUGGAAAUCAAGUUAAAAAAAAAGCAUCUACUGCAAACUAAUAAAAGAGACCAGCUUAUAUAGUAGUUUCAAACACAGAUUAAAAUAAAACUGUAACUAGUGAUCUAUCAAAGCCUAAGAGAUAAUGGAAUACUGCUAAAUCAAACAGCCAAAAUACAAAUAAUUAGGAUAAAAAUUUAUCUUAGAAUGAAAAUAGAGUACCUGUACCUCUUGAGGAAUAUUAUGCUGAUUAAAAAAAACAAUCCCAAAAUAAUAUAGAAAAUAAAGCUAAAGAAAUGAAUUUUGAUGCUCUAGAUCUCAAUAUUCCUUCUGGAAAAGAUGAUUUCGAGAGAAUUAAAAAAAUGUAUGCCAAGUAAAAUUAAGUUAAAGGAAACGAUUUUAUAGUUAAUUUUGAAAAAGAAUGGAAUGAUGAUGAUGAUUCUCUUGAUAACCUAAAAUAAAGUAAACUAUUAGAAAGUUUAGAUCUCUCUACUGUGUAAAAAAAGAAAAAUAAGCAGAUAUAAGAUGAUCAGCUUUAAAAGAAGGUAAAAAAUAUUAAAAGUUAAUUCGAUAACAUCUAAGAAAAUGAUAGCUUUGAUGAGAAUGAAUAUGAGCAAGAAAAAUUUGAGGAGCUAGUUAUUAACAAAGGAGAAACAUCCAAAGAAAAUAAAGAUAUCAAUUAAGAUAAAUCAAGCAGAGCGUAAUUGCAGUAGAAAUUAAAGCAAGGAAGCAAGCAAACAAUGAAUGAUUAACAGCAUGUAAAAAAAGUUAAAGAAAAAGAAAUUAUAAAGCAAAAGUAAGCAAUUAAUAAAAAUGAAAGUGCUUUGAUUAGGGAAGCAAUUGGGUUUGAUGAUGAAGAUAUGUAAGGAGGAAGUGAUAAUGACGAAGAUAUUGGUAUAGCAUUGGGAUUUAAGGAUAAAGUUUAAAAUGAUAAAUUAUAACAAAAAAGUACUAAAUAAGUAAAAAUUGAAUAAACUGCUGAUAUUGGCUUAACUGAGGCUAAGCUUUAAUUACAUAAUGAAAUUAUGGAAGGAACAAUUAGUUUAGAAAAUUAAAAAUAUGAUGUUUUAAGUUGGGCAAAUAAUAAAUAGAAAGAAGUGGAGGAAGUUUUUUCCUAAGUUAGUGGUAAAGUUUCAAAUGCUACUUCUAAACUAACAAAACCUGUUUCUGCAAAAUUAGUGAAAGAUGAUAAGAAGCCACCAAUUGUUAGAAGCAACACAAAUAAUAAUCUAUCUCAGCAAAAUUAAUAAUAAAUAAUCAGCUAAUAAAGAAAGCAAAAUGAAUAAGAUGCGAAUAGCAUAGUAUCAGAAGAUAAAAUGUAAAGAUAAAACAUUAGGCAGAUAAGUGCAAAUAGAAAUGCCUAAAUUUCAAAAGAAAAAAAUAACUAGUAAGAAAGAUAAUUUUCUACAGAUAAAUAACUUUCUGAUUAAAAUUAAAAUAACCAAAAAGCAUAGCAUGAUAAAUCAAAGGAUAGAAAACCAUAAAUUGUAUAGCCUCCUCCUUCUAAACAAAAGUAUUAAAAAAAUUACUAAAAUAAAAUAGCCUAAAAUAAUUAAUAAGAUUCUAAUUCAGAAGUUGCUAGCUCUAACUAGGGAAGAGUUUCUAAAUUCAAAUAAAAGUUGUAAUGGAAUGUUCAACAAAGUAGAAGAAACAAAACUAAAUCUCCUGAUUCUGUGGGUACAAGAGAUGAAGAUAUAAAUGUGGAAGAAUUUUUAAGGGAUGAUUUGAUUAACAUUAAUAAAGAAGAAAUGCAACUGUAGCAGGAGAUUUAUGAGCUUCACUUUGAUAAUAUAGAUAAAAUUAGGGAUGUUGAAAGUAGACAUAAUGUAAACCUUAAUUUAGUGUCAUCAAAAUAAGUAAAAGAGCUUGAAAGCAAUCCCUCAACAAUCAUAAAACCAAUAAAACCUAUUUACGAAUAUAGUGAAUAAGAGUUGGAGCAAUCUUUAAUUAGACUAGAUAAGGCUUUAGCCAAAAAAACUAUUUAAUCUUAAUAGUAAAUGCCUACAUAAAUAAAUCCUUAAAUUCAAAAUGGUUACCAACAAAAUUUCAAUGACUUGAAGAGUUAAUAAUAAACAUAUUAAAACUAAUAAUAAUUAUAAAACUAGAUAUAAAAUAAUUAGCAAUAAGUUAAACAAUUAAAUUAAAAAUUAAAUGGAUAAAAUGAUUUAAAUUAAGGUAAUUAGUAGAAUCUGUAAAUCAAUUUAAAUAAUAAUAUUAAUAAUUUUCAAUAGUAGAUAGCACCAAACAACAUGAUUGCAUAACAAUUAUAAAUUCUUUAGUAAUAAUAGUAGCUGCUUCUUUAAUAGAUAGUUGCUACUUAGUAAAAUCAAAAUAAUUUAGAAUUAAAUCCUCCUCCUGUUUUACAAAAUUAAGUUAACUCGAUGAAAGUUUAACAAAUUCUCAAUGCAAAUUAAUUAACUUAUAAAAAUUUAGCUGAAUAAAACGAGAGUUUGAACAAAAUAGAGUAAAACUUUAGCUCAGAUUCAGGAAAGCUAGAAAAGUAUGAUAAGAAAGAUAAAGCAGAAGCUAACGACUAAAACAUGUAUAUUUCUCCUCAAUUUGGGAUAAACAAUCAUGCAAAAAAGGAUUCUUUACUUAAUAAUAAUAUCAAGAAUGUUACUAACAAUGUUAGCUUAACAAGUUAGCAAUAGUAUUAAUAAUCUUAAUAUAACUAUGACAUUAAUGAUUUGCAGUCUAUAAGUUAAGUUAAUAGCAUUGUACCCUCUAACAAUGCUGAGUAAAGGAGGUAAAAAUUGAAAGAUGAGUUAGAUGAAGAAGUAGAAUCUAAAAUUAGUGAAAUUAAGUCUAAAAUAUAAUAAAACAAAGACAAAGAGUAACCUAAUUCGUAUAAACAGAAGCAUAUUAUUAAAAAAGAAAUUAAACAUAAAAAAGUAGUAGGUUUAAAAGAAGAAAAACAAUCUUAAUUAAAAGAAACAUAAGAUGAUAAUACAGAAGGUGUAAUAAAAUUUGCUGGCAAUGAUAAGUUAAAGGCCUUGUUAUUAGAUAAUGUUGAAGAAGAAGAUUCUCAUAAUUAUAAUCAAGAUAAUUCAUUUGAUUGA